AUGUUGUUCGGCGGUCUGAAGGGUCGGGACCAUGCGAUGGCGGACUCUCUGCGCGCGUGCAGGGAUCUGGACCUGUACCUGGCGCACGUCGUGAAGCACGAGAGCGGCACCGCGGCUCCGCAGCAUCCGCAGUACGGUUACCGUGGACGGGGGAGUAGCCCCGGUUAUGGCUGCGGACCCCGGAAGCGGCGCAAGAAGUGUCCAUACGACUCCGACUACACAUCAGCAGACGACGACAGCGAUCACGGCGACAUGUUCAGCCCAGAUUACGACGACGACGACUACGAGUCGGACGCUGAAGACCAGGAGAUGGACUAUGAAAACGACGUCGAGACGGAUGUUGCGGCGAAGAACUGGGUAGCUUGCAAUGACAAACGAAUAUAUCUGGACCUCGGCAUCGACAUCGAAAGUGAACUUCUCGGCUGUGAUGAUGACGACGAUGCUGAGUAUGACGAGGAGGAGGCCAUGGAACUCCUAUUCCCGGGCAACGAACCCGACAAGCGGGAGUACGAGGGGUACACGGGGAACUACAGCCCAAGCUUGGAGUUUUGGUACCACCGGGCUGUACUCGUCCUCUGGCCCGCCUCCGCCACGAUGCGCACCGCCCUCCGUUGCGGGACUCACGCCGCUCUCAGCGCGGCCCGCCAACGCUCCGCCCGGUACGGCGCCACCAACACCCUACCCUUGGCUGAUCUCGCCACGAUCGUCUCUCUCGCCGAGAGGAAGCCGGAAGAAUACGAGUUCGCCAAGGAAGAGCGUUACGCGGCGACCGUCUUGGACUUGUGCGCCGGUGCCGGAGCGGCAGCGCUGGACUCUUCUCGCCGCUUCCUUCAACUCCUCGCCGGCGGUACACCGGGCGCCGUCGAGAAUCUGGGUUUUCGAGGUGCCCACUCGUCCGCGGUGGUGACCCUAGCGACGAAGCUCUGUUCGCGUGGGUUUCAACACCUGGGUAAGACGGAGGUCAAGACGUUUGCGGAGGAUGUGCUGUGGCUGGCGGCGCGCGUCGACGGCGCCGGCGGGUUGGAGCAGGCAUUCGCUGGUGCGGUAUUGACGAGCUUGAGAAGCGGCGACUCUCGUCAGGUCCGCAAGGGUCAGGGCAAGCUAAAGGCGGUGCUCAAAUCCGAGACCGUGCAGGCCGCCGUCCGUGACGGCGGGGGCUCCGGUGCAGUGUUCUGGAGGACCCUCGUGUCAGAGCGGAUGAAAAAGCUUCAGACAAUCGCCCCGCCCGUGAUGACCUGGCGACAGCCUAACGCCAUCUUCCAUGAACACCCUCAAGUGCAGCAGUUCCUCCGCGGCCCCGAGCCGAAUAUGACCUACACGCGAUCGGGCACCUUCAGCAACAAACAGCACGCCAGGAAUUUCGCCCGAAAGUACUUCUCGUCCAACUUCAGCGAACCCCGACACUUCAGCGCACGGUGCUACGAGCAAGGACGCGGGCGCAGCGCGUACGUCAGCAUUACCAAAACCACGGAGUUUUACGACGAGGACGUCAGAGUUUACAAGGAAGACACGGCUGAGGCCGCCGUGUUACGCGGUCUCUUGGGUAACAAUAAAGCCAGCCGCAGGGGCAGGAGCGGCGGGGGCACCGCCGGGGGUGAGAACGGGGCUGCUGGUGCUGCUGGUGCUGCUGGUGGUAGUACGUCCGCCCCCCCUCCUUCUUCCGUGAGCGGGAACGCUAGAAACGGCGUGGGGACGGCAGCAGCCGGUAAGCGGCAACCCGAAAAGGUGGAAGCGAUCGAUCUGUGCAGUGACUGA